UUUUAAUUUCUUAAAAAAUCAAUCGGCGAAAACAUUAAAACCGCCAAUUUCAAAAUUGGUUCUCUUCAUCUUCUUCUUCAUCAUCAUCAUCACUGUCACAGUCUCACAUCCCAAGAAGGAAUCUGGGGAAUUAAAGAUGCGAACUCGAUUUCUCAACAUCGAUUACUUCUCUACUCCACCUUCGGAGGUAUUCAAAACCCUAGGUUUCCUCAAUCUUCCGGUUCCUACUAAUUUCCCGGCACCACUCGUCUGCGACGGGGUCGAAGAGUAUCUUCAGUUUGGAUCUAUCGAAAAUGUCAGUCUCCCGAUCGUGAAUUUGCCUAUUGAAUCUGCUUUGUCGAAGUUCCUCUCCGAUGUGGUUCCCGAUCGCGUCAGUGUGGACUAUGAAGUUUUUGAAAUCGAUGGCUCUUCGCUCGGAGAUUAUUUAUCAGACGAGAAGAAGCAUGACGGAGAUGCCAUUGAGGAGAAAGCUACAUUUAACAUUAUUGAGUUUGAGACUCCGGAGUUGGAUUGCGAAAUGGAGAACAAGCUCUUAUCCACUAGUGAGGAUCAUCUCCAAUGCUUCUCUGAAGUUCUCGAGAUCGAAAAUGAGCCGGUUAAAUAUGAAGGGUCAGAUGUUAUCCUGCAGAACUCAAAGGACAUUCAAGAACAGAUUUAUUCUGUUGAUUACUUUACAGAGAACAACACUUCUGAAACAGAAAAUGAAUGUUUCCGCAAGAAUCGACUAUGGUUCAAAGAUGCCAGGUUUCCCCUUCUAGAAGUGGAUGAAGUUAACUUGAGUGAUCUAUCAAGCUUAUCUGUGUUUGAUAAAGUAUUUACUGUUCUUGAAAGAAUCGAACCCUUAGACACUGAUGCAGGGAGUUCUCUCAUUAUCAAUUCUAAGGAGCUUAUAGGGUCUAAGGAUUAUGAUCUGUUGGAGAUCCUCUCUACGGAUUGCUGUUUGAACAAGAGUAGCCAAUCUGAUGUGGCACCAGAGGAUGAAUCGUCUGAAAUGGAUAUAGUGACUAUCCUGGAUAUAUCAGAUGCUGAGGAAAAUUUUCAGUUUGAACAACAGGGAAAGGUGGCUGUCCCAGUAACUUUUGAAGAAUUUCAGAUCCUGGAUGUGGAGAUAUCUGAUGUUUUUGAUAUCUUCCUUUGUCUUCAAAAAGCCAUUGAACCAGAAAUGUGUUACGGGAUGUUCAGUAAAGAGAUGAGCUUCAAGAAUUUCGAUGAAUUAGUUGUCAGUUCCGAACUUGCUUUCACGGAUGAUGCCUUCAAGUCUCUGCCUACUCCUAUUUUACAUGAUGAUGAGGUUAUAAGAUCUCUGGAUGUCAUUUAUGAGGAUGUUUUGUCAAAGAUCAAGCCUCAAUCCUUGUCUGCCUCAAAUGACAUAUACUUGCCCUGGAACCUUCUUGAGGAAAGAAACCACAAUCAUUGUGAGUAUCUGUUUGAAGAAAUAGUUACAUGCAAAAUUGAUUUUAAGUGGGAAUCUUCAGAAGGAGACAAAUGGGUUUAUGAUUUCGUUUUCUCUGAGGAUGCUCUCUGCGAGCCACUUGCUGAGAAGUGCACUGAGCCUUUCUAUGGUAUAUCUACCCUUGAUGAGCAUGCUCCUGUUAAUACCUCCCAUGGGUCAUUGGAAACCCCUUUCCAAGAAACAGGAGCCAGGGAUUGUGGAGGGGAUGAUAAUGCUAAGAAGGCUACACUGUUCUUCAAAUCAAUGUCUGCUUUUGAUGACUUGACCUUUUUCAUGGAGCCUCAGAAGGCUAUGAUUGAAGAUAAUCUCGAGUCUAGAGUCGAAGCUGCUAAGACUUCCAACCACAAAGUUAUGCCUACCGACUCGAAGGCGUCAUGUUUAGUUGGUGGCAUGCACCCAAACCCAAAGACAGGGGAAAUGAUACUUCACAGUGUGUGCCCGUCAGAAAAUAUUCUGGCCCUUGUCAGGGACUUUGUGAGGAGCUAUUUAACUCUUGUGAAGGAUGAAUCAGAGAAUUUAUCAGAAGAUAAACUUAAGUUACUCAGCAUAUCCAAAGGAAAGCUUAUUGACUGCAUAAGAAAGGCAAAUGUCCACAAAACACAGUUGGCGGAUGAUAACUCUUUCACGUUUGCAUUACUACUAGCAAUUAAACAGAUGACAUGGUAUAUGUGUUUCUUCGGUAUCCGUGUGGCAUAUCUCUAUCUUAAGAAGUUGUCAUUACUUUUGGCUGAGAAAGUUUUUUGGUCCUCGCUGAAGAGGCUACUGAUGUCCAUGGGGUUAUCUUACAAUGAGCUCAACAGUCCCUCCCCUAGUGGAAAUCGACCGAAUGUUCAUGAAGCCAUGGGGUUUAAAACCACAGAACUUGGUUUCCUGCCGAUUUCAGACUGCCUAAUUAUCUCUUAUGAGCAAAUUUCUCCAUCUUUUCCUGUGGAGAAUUUCAGCAUCAUUGUAGAAUAUGGAGGUGCAAAUGGCUCGCCCAGAUUUUCUGUUCCUUCGAAGUUGGAUCCCUUUCCUUCCUUCCAUUUCAUUAAAGUGGAGUUGGAUAUGUCCAGUGCAUGUGGGCAACUGUGCGCAGGUGUUACAGUACCUUAUAGUCUGAAAAUGAUAAAGGGAGACGAAGUUGAGACGAAAACUGGGUGGUUGGAAGAAGUGUUGAACUUUGUUUCAAUUGAAAAUGUGUGUUUUGCAGGAUCUUCAGAAACCACAAAUGAAUCUGAAUUUAUCUCCAUGCCCCAAGAAUCUGAAAGAAAAGGUGGGAUAAUUGAAGAGGGAAUUCUCUCUGACCAAAGAUCCGUGAUUGUUGUGAACACAAAAAAUGUUGAUAAGGAGAUGAUCAUAUCCAGAAGAAGUACAUACCAGAAGGUUUUAGCAAUGGAAAAAGAAGGAGUGCAAGUUGUGGAGCGUGAUUCAGAUCUACCUGUGGACCUGAUGCUAAGUCCUGCAGUUUGCCUACUCUGGUAUGAUUGUGAAGAUUUUAGUAAGAAGUCAGCUGCAACUAUUGGUACUUCCUCAAGCUCACUUUCAUGGAUUGGAGAUAUCGCAACCAAUGUUUUGACGUCAUUGAGUUUCAGUUUUAACAGCUGCAUCAUGGUUUUUGAGGGGGAACCCGCCUUCCUAGUUACAAUAAUGGAUUCGUCUGAUGAACUGUAUGCAGCAGCUGGUAGUCUGGGAAUCAGUUUACAGUUGUUUUGCUCAUCAUCAGCUGAUUUAACUGAUGAAAUUAUAUUGAGGUGUAUCAAAUCUUUCGUUAAGUUGUCCAAACUCCCUGUCAAAAUGCCCGAGUCAGAAUCUCUUGCCGAAUCAUUUCUCACCAAAUUUCCGUCCGUGAAUCCACUUACAGCUCAAGUAAUUCUGUCAUCUUCUGGAUCACUUCUCGAAUUCAUGAAGCUCCCAUAUAGUAGCAAGGUUGAAAGGAUGCAAAAGUAUCAUGUACCUGAAGAGAGUGUUGAUCUUUUUAGUUCACUAGGCAGAUACGGCGCGAGGGAGGACUCCAAAUCUGUAAUGACAGACAGCUCUUCGUCAGUAUCUUCUGGACCUGACUCAGACACACACCAUGUCAGUGUUCAUUCUGGUUCGAAAAAGAAUCACCACAGUGCAGAGAAAAACAGGAUAGAUAUGGAAGACUUGGUCCAUUUUGCUCCCUCGACAGAAUUCGCUGAUGCGCAGCUCAAGCCUUCUGGGAAUUUCCAACUUGACGAUUCUUGGUCAUCUAGAGAUCACGAGAUAUUUGAUUUUGAUCCUAUCACUGAAUUCUCCGAUGCACCUUUUAAACCUUUUGGGAUGAUUCAUCACAAUGACUCUUGGCCAGUUAAAGAUCCUGAGACAUUUGACAAGAAGUCAGGACCUAGUUCAUCAUUAAAGGACCCGUUUUGGGGGAAAGAUCUACCAGACUUUUCAGUGGAGGACUGUCUUCCUGGGAUACCUGAAUUAGAAGAUUGGAGUUUCCCGAGUAAAGAUGAAUCCAUAAGCCCGAACAGAGGAUAUAAACUUCCAGUGAUGGGAAAUUUCAACUUGCAUGACCAUAGGAACUCAGAGAGUUUCAUUGCAGACUACAAAGGUGAAGUGAUCGACAGAGCUGAUAAGUAUCUCGAGGAAGACUUCCCGCCUUCUCCUGGUUAUAAUAGGUUUGCUCCAAUAGUUUCUGAUGUUGACGAAGACGAACUUCCAAGAAAAUCAAAAUCUGGAAGGAAGUUAUCUUUCUUUGAAUAUCUCCAGCCUAACUUCCCAAAAGCGGCUGACAUUGAUUCGAGUUCUGAAAGAUUCACCACCGAGAAAGAUUCAAAAUAUGAUAACAGUGAUUCUGCGCGUGGCUUUGUUGACAGCUAUCCAGCAAAACGCCAAAGGACCCUUUUGGAGGAGGUCUUAACACGAAGAUCUGCAAUUCCCUCGACAGAGCUUCCAUUUAGAGAAGAGAUAUCACAUUUCGGUGGAUCUCCACUAUCAAACGCAAUCCGUUCAUCAAAUCCAGUACAAGGUUCUCCUUGGACGAUUGAGUUUAUUAACAGAGCUCGAGAAAGAAGCAGAGCAAGGAGACAACAACAAUCUCUUCCUUAUUAUGUUCCUCCCUCUAGUUUGGAGACUCCAGGAAACAUAAAGAAAGCAAGUACCAAGAGAAAGAGUCCUUCCAUGCUCGAGUUUUUCAAGUAUAAAGGAGGCAACAAACUUCAAGAAGAGAAAAAGCAGAAGCGGUCAAAGAAUUCUUCAGCCUCGCCAAUAAACGACAGAUCUUACUCUCCUCUCAGGUCAUGGACACCAAUUGAUAAGCGAGCAAAACAGUCUCUAUCUUUCUCAGGGAAUGGAACUGAAGGCCAAACAAAACUGGUAUGGAAGUAAAGAAGCAAACACGGCGUAGCAAUUGGAAACUAACAUUAGUGGAGAUUCAAUGUGGAUGAUCAGAGUUGAAGGUUUCAGAAGGAGAAGAAGAGGAGUACAUUUAAGACAGCACCAGAGUUGGCAAAUUUGAGAGGUAAAGAAACAGUUACUGGCU